CGCAGCUUUGGCAACUCUGCGCUCUGUUGUGAGCCUCCGGACAGACGGGAAAAAGCGAAGAAACCAAGUGCCAAAGUAAAGAAGAAAAAGAAAUUUAACAAAAAGUUCGAGAUGUCGGAAUUGUACGGUGAGAGUGUGAAUAGCAUCGAGGAACAUCUAGAAGAGAGCGUGAUCAGUCAGGAUGAUUAUAAAAAGAUGAAGCAAGAAAAUGAGAAUUAUCGACAGGAGUUGCAUGUUCUGCGACUCAAAUUGGAAACUUCCGACGCGAUUGUAAGAGAUCUUCAGGAUUCUGGAGAGACUUUGGAAAAUAAUUUCAAAGAAUACGUACGGCAAGCAAUCGUAUCAUCUUCCGAGAAAGAAGAAAAGUAUAAAGCUAAGCAAAAAGAAUAUGAAAAUCAUAUUGCAAAUCUAGAAACAAACCAAGUAAAAAGUGAAUUAGAAAUUAAAGAAUUACAGAAAGAGUUGAAGAAAUAUAAAGAUCUUGUAAAUAAUCAACCUUAUGCAAUGGCAGAUACUUUAACAGUGUAUAAAGAAGAACUUAAGGAAAUACAUAUGCUGCUCCAAAAUGAAAAAGAAAAGUUUCUUCAAAAAGAAAAAAAUGAAAAGGCAUUGAUGGAUAAACUUGCACAUAGAGAGGUUCAAUGUGAGGAGCUUCGACUUGAUUUACAAAAAAUAACAAAGGAUCUAGCGGAAAAAAUUAAAGAAUUGGAAAACGCACGGGAAUCUGCUAAAGAAUUAGCCACAAAACUUGAAGAAUUGGAAUCAUCAAAUAUAACUCCUGCUAGUGAUACAUGCAAAGGAAAUUCUUUAUUUGCCGACGUCGAAGAUCGCCGGCAAAUGUUGUUGGGUAAAAUGAAAGCGCUUUCUACUAAAUAUAAUGAAGCAAAGCAAGCACUGGAUUCAAAAACAUGUGAAAUCAAGUUGCUGAAGGCAGAGAAAAUCGCAAUUUCCAGGAAAUGGGAAACUGAUAUAAUUGAUACAUUGCAAGAGAAUGCAGAUCUUUUGGUUAAGUAUAAGAGUAAAAUCUUUGAUCUUGAGAAUAAGUUGAAGGCUGAAAUGAGAAAAAAUGAUGAAAUGGAAGAAACACAAUCUACAAAUGAUAACUUUAAUUAUGCUCAAUCAUUGUUAGCCGUUAAAAAAAAAGAGCUUAAGGAGCUAAAUGAAAAAAUUGAGAAACAAACUAUGCAGAUGCUAGUGCAAGACGAAGUGAACAACAACAUCUCAAGACAGCUUCGUUACUGGCAAUCUAAAGCAAAGUUUUUGGAAGCUACACACAAGGCUAUAAAAGACCAACUGGAAAUGCAAGAUAAAUGUGAUAAUAAAAUACUUCUUGAAUCUAUAAAGAAUUGCACAUUUCCUGAUAACACGAAUUUUGAAAAGACUUGUGGUGAUUCACUUACACCUUAUGAGCCAAAGAAUAUUCUCAAAUCUGAAUUUGCAAAGCAAGGAAAUUCAAUAGAAGUGAUAGAAAAGCCAGCAGUAGAUUCUGCAAAUAAACAGAAAGACUGUAGAAGAUUCGUAAAUUUUACUAGUGAUACUGAAAAUUCUGAGAGACCUUUGAAAAAACAUGAAAAACCGAAAAAACGUGACUAUCCUAUUAUAGUUCAUACAAUAGAUAAUAAUAACUUAAAUUAAUUCUGUACUG